AACUACGCACCCUGAGGCAGUCGACGACAACGGUGUUAACUGCCUGAGAAGUGAAAAGAAGCGGCAGACGGUGAAAGUGAAAGGAGGGCUCCAUAAUUGUGAAAAGGCACCGAGCACGUAGUCCUCAUACAGACAGACAACAUAGGGGAGAGAGGCCCCGGGUCUAUCGCUUCCAGGCAGCAGCAGCUCAGCGGACACAGCCAUGGCUAACAUCGCGGUCCAACGGAUCAAGCGGGAGUUCAAAGAAGUUCUCAAAAGCGAAGAGACAAGUAAAAACCAGAUAAAAGUAGAUUUGGUGGAUGAGAACUUCACAGAGCUGAGGGGGGAGAUAGCAGGUCCUCCAGAUACACCAUAUGAAGGUGGCAGGUAUCAGCUUGAAAUAAAAAUCCCAGAAACCUAUCCUUUUAACCCACCAAAGGUGCGUUUCAUCACUAAAAUCUGGCACCCUAAUAUCAGUUCUGUGACAGGAGCAAUAUGUCUGGACAUUUUAAAAGACCAGUGGGCAGCUGCUAUGACGCUGCGGACAGUGCUAUUGUCUCUACAGGCUCUCCUCGCUGCGGCAGAACCAGACGAUCCACAGGAUGCAGUAGUAGCCAACCAGUAUAAGCAGAACCCAGAAAUGUUCAAACAGACCGCGAGGCUGUGGUCUCACGUCUAUGCUGGUGCUCCUGUCUCCAGUCCUGACUACACACGUAAAAUAGACAAACUCUGUGCCAUGGGCUUUGAUAAGAAUGCAGUAAUAGCGGCCUUGUCUUCAAAAUCCUGGGAUGUGGAAACGGCAACAGAGCUGCUCCUCAGCAACUGAGAGCCAGCCAGGUGUGAGGAUCCCAAACAAACUCCCCUCAUCACAGCAUCAGCUCAUCCCCCGGCACAUUCCACCAUUGCCUUUUGUUACACAGACGACAACACCCCCCUCCCCCUUCACUCACCACAGCAGUCUGAGCCUUCUUUUAUAUCAAGUUUGUUUGCUACAAACUCGACACCAGUAGCUCCACCACAAUCGCCAAUAUGCACACCGCACUGUUGCCUGUCUGAUCCCAUCUGUCCUUAAUGCUGAGUCUCACGAAAUCAAUAUGUGUAAUAAGCCCUGCAAACGUUCAAUCAUGCAUCUUGUCUUCCACAUUCUUUAAAUCAUUUGGCUCUACAAAUUUGUGUUCCUUAAUAUAGCAAAGAAUCAAACUGACUGCCACUGCCUGGUGGAUUUUCUAGGGUAAAAUGUACAGGAAAUCCUGCAUACUGCUCUCACAGCACAUCACCGUUUACUCCUUCAGCAGCAACUCAGACCUUGUGUUAGAUUAUUCUCUCUCAUGGACAUUUAAUACUGUAAAGGUCUAGCUGGAUUUAAAUUUACUUGACUCUGGAUAGUGUUCUGCAUGAGCAGUGUAAUGGAUUCUUCCUGAACAGUUUUAUCAAAGAUGCUUUCAUCUGCACAGGUUUGGAUACACACAAGUUUUUUUCCUUUCUGUAGAAGUAGAACAGAUCACAGACAUCCUCUGACAUCUGCACACAUGCACAAGAAGAAAAAAGUUAUCUGUAAAUAGAUGUGUGUAAAUUUGAAAAUACAAUGGGGAUAUACUUUUUUUCUUACAUGGCAUUGUAAAACAAAUUAUUUUAAAUAUGAACUAUGCCUAGUUUACAACUAUAUGGAAGAGAUAUCUUUUUAUGCUUUUGUGACCCAUGAGAAAUCCCUCUGAAUGUCCUGUUGUGUUUUCUUUUUAACAUAGUCGUUUAAAGGUGGCACAGCCAAAAUCCUGGCCCCUAAUGGUGCAGGAGGUGAUGGCCAGGUCAGGCCCCCGAAAGGUCAUUACAUGCCACCUUUUUCUGCUACACCACAAUCCAAUUCUUUUUCGUGUGUUUGUCUUUUAUUGUCCUCGCAUGUUCUACGCUGCCUUUAUGUUUUGUUUGGCUAAAUGAUGUGGUGAUAGGGGCGUCUGUUUCGAUUCAACAUCCCUUCAGACUCGUGGAAAUUGAAAGGCUCUUUUCUAAUCUUUGGAAAGAGACGCCCGGGACUCCUGCUCGGCAAAGCCACGCAAGCGCACCCUCAGUUUGGCGUGAAACCUGUAGGGAACCAAAGCCUUUUCUGUCGAUUUUACGAGUAUGUUGCUGGAAAAAAUUUCUCUUUUGCUCUGAACAGAUUCAUCUGGCACACCUCAAGAAGAAAUGAGUGUUUCUUGAAUGUCGUUAAGGAUUUGAGUUUGCAAUGCAGUGGUUUUUUUGUUUUGUUUGUUUACUCAUUUCAGAGCAAUCGGUUUCAACCAUAGGCACAGAUUAAGGAUCAGCUCACCGCCUCACUCCUGAGGGGGGCUUUAUCACUGCAGUAGUGCAGCAGUACUCAAUCAGAACUUUGGCCAUAUAUACAGGUAAUAUAGGUGACGUCCUAUAUUCCCAGACAUGCUUUACUACACAGCCAAAUAAAGUGCUCAUUGAGGUUGUCUUUGAA